CUACAAGAAGAGCUUAAUAAAAAUAUUCUUCUUGUAAAGUUCAUGUUUGCACUUGUCGCUUGCAAUCUCUUGCAGUCAGUCCUUCUCAUUUAUUCUAUGAAAGUUCAAGCUCUGCUUUAAAGAGAUUUAUAAUGGAUGGUCUUGAUGAAAUUAUUCCUGGUUCUGCAAGUGGUUCAGGUUGCACUGAAGUUUUGGAAUGCAACGGAGAAAGCGAAAGCAGUCCUGUACAAUUUCCUCUCUGGUUGAUCUCCUUGUUAGGCCUGGUUUCUCUGUUUCUUAUAUUCUGUAUCAUUUUGUGUAUAGUCCUGUUAUGCAGGUUUAGUCGUGUUGAUAGACCCAAGAAAAGAUACGCGUUAAGAGGUGAUAAAAGACAUGGCAGAAAAGCACAUUGGAAUGACAUCUUUGAUGAAAUACAUACAAACUUUAAGACCAGAGAUAAGAAUGACAAUGAAGACAUUGGGCCUAGGAGCUUUCAAGCCAUUCCAACCGUCAACUCAUUUAAAGCUAAAAGAACACAAGAAGAGACAGCGACAUUCAUCAAUGAAAGAAGAGAAGAUGAUGAAGAUGAAAACGAACUCUCCAUAUUACCUCAUCAGGCUCGUGGUGAUUGUAUUAUAGUGGAAGGGGAGAGACAGAGACCACUUGCCGUACAAGAUCCAACCUAUGACAGACUGGCUGGCACCGGUAAUAGUAAUAAUACUGACAGUGUCACUGUCACUGCUAUUGAGAGACAAAGUGAAAAUGAAAGUGGAAUCAAGGAAGACAUUAAUAGGAGGAGUACAGUUAUCAGCUCCCACCAAUCACUAAACAGGACAAUCCCCAAGAAAGAAGAGAGAGAUUACGAUGAUGUACUAACCUCUUCAAUGGGUCCAGGGCGGAGACUAACGACUCUCAGCAACGAAUCAAAAGAUCGGAAUUCACUCUAUUACAUAUACAUACCUAAGGACGGUGACCACCCCAUGGACGACGUUUACCCUGUACCAAACACUCAAGAAGACUUGAUAAAGUCGCAAUCGUCCAUCGAUCAAGUACGUACGUAUUGCAACCUUCAUAGUGGCUCGUUGGAUGGAAUUGAUGACAAAGCGCUGAAGGGUAGAACUACACUAACAAAAUCUGUGGAUUUAGAUGCUAUGGCUAGUGAUGCAGAGAAAGACUCAUCUCAAACAGGACUUGGGCCUACAUACUUGAAAAUAAUCCCUCCUAAAGGUGGGAGUGAGACUUUAUCUCAUUAUGAGUUUAUUGACGACGAAUCUAAGGGGCUAAACCCUACCGAUCAACGUGAGUCUAGGGUCUAUCAAGCUAUUGACGACGACUUAGUCCAAAGUCAAGCUGAACCAACUCAAAACGUGUAUACCUUGCCAAACGAGUAUGACGACAUUAAGGGACAACCGCCAUCUCGUGACAUUGACGGAGACACAGCCGAGCGCUUGUAUUGUAAUAUUGACGAUGGGUCACCUUGCUAUGAUGAUGUCGAUAUUUAUACUGUCCCGACCGACCCAAGUCAACCAGGGAGUGGCGUCGCGAAAGGAAAACACAACUCGAUUUAUUACACUAGCAUUGAUGACCUGAGAGAGGAAGGAGGGAGUGGGGGUGGGAAUGAUACAGGAGGUUAUAGCUAUGCAGCCACUCAUGAGUUAGUCUCACCUUCGGGACACUCCAAAGGCGAGGAAGAAAAGGGAGAGAUAAAAUCAGAUGCCAGAUUUACUAACGAUUCCGGCUACACGUAUGCAGCUGGGCUUCAGCUUGUAGCUUUGAAGCCUUCCAUGGGCUCGGUCAAAGAGAAGCCGAAAGAACAGAGUGUUCCUAAUCCAUUGUACUCCACCAAAAGUCUAUCACUCCCUCACGACCACAGCUACGAAAACACAAAUAGGUUUUUACCGCCGAGACGUCACAGUGAAAAGGAGUAUGUGACCCCAAAGACGCAAUGGUUUAGAUCAGGGUCGCUCAAUGAUAUACUAGACAUUGAUAAAUCCCCCGAAGAGGAUGAGAAGGAAUAUCUGGAAUCAUCGAAAGAGUGGGUCAAGAAGAAGAACAAUGGACGCUUUCAGAUUGAUAGCGAUUCCUCAGCUUAUACCCCAGUAAUGGCUAGACUAAUGUACAAUCAUGACUACAUGCUGCCUAGUACUGUGAGCCACUCUCAACCGGCUGACUCAGAGUUUGAAGCAAGUACGCAUCAUGCUGAUUGGGAAAUGCCGGAGAAAUGGAGGACCAUGAGUCUAAAUGCUUCUAAACAAGGCGAGGAGAAGAAAUCCAAAGGAAAGAAAAAGGAUAGUAUUAAGAAGAAAAGUGAAACUCCUGUUGGAGGUGUUUUUGAUGAGAAGCACAAGUAUCAAAACUGGAAAAUGUUCAAUCAGUCAAAAUAGUCACCAUCUCAUUGCAAGUUUUAUUAUAGAAAUUAAUAAUAAUGGUAUUGAUAAUCUAUACCCGUUAUUAUUAUUAUUAUUAUUAUUUACUAUUAUUAUUAUUAUUAUUAUUAUUAUUACUAAAGCACCAGUAGAAUUGUAUAUCCUUUAUGUACUGUGAUCACAUGUAACUUGUUUUUCUUUCCAAUUCCAAAACGUUUUCACCUCACACUCAAAGUUCGAUGUUUUUACUUGUACAGGAUUGCUUACAAUUAGCUGCAUUGUACCAUCAUAAUUAUGUACACAUUUAAUUUUCUAUUCUUUAUCUAUUUUUCGACUAUCUCA